UCACCUUUCUAAAACCCUCGUUUACACUGAAUUAUCUCAGAGGAAAUUAAGGCCAGGUUAUGAUUACGUCAAUAGUUCAGAUUUGGUGUAUAAUGACGGGAUGCAUGGCGAUUGGCUUCCUUGCCAAUCAAAGAGGGUGGGCUUGGAUUACUAUCGGCGAGGGAUGUCUCGUCUUUUGCCUUCGUGGCCUCCAGAGUGCAAUCUUUGGAACUUCAAGAUCAUAUUCUGCGAGCUUGUUGUAUGGGUGAUUUGGAUUCGGACUUUAGGGCUGCGUUGGAUGGUUUACAAGCCGUUCUUCCUGAUGUUGACCUUGGCGGUUUUGCUAAUAAAGUCACCGCCCCCCGUGAACCUCAAACCAUUUUGGCGAGUGCUUUUUAUGGUAAACCGUGAAGGAAAUCAAUGGUGUUUUCGGGUUAUCCCCUCGGCAAAAAGCUGUUUUUGAUUGUUUACGAGCCCCCCACGCUCAAGAUUUCCUUACUGUUAUCCCGAUCGAGGGCUUGGGGCAAUGUAUGUCGGCAGUAGAAUAUCGGUCUGUCCUCAAAUAUCGAUUGAUGAUACCAUUGUACCCUGAGGAUGAACCGUGCCCUGUUUGUCGGAAGGUGUGUCUUGAUAGCUUCGGGGAACAUGCCCUUCACUGCAAAAAGCUUCCUGGCUUCAAGUACAGACACGAUCUGGUUAGAGAUGUGUUGUUUGACGUUCUCAAGCGAGCUGGUAUCGCUGCUAAAAAAGAGGCUCCGGUUAAUUUCCUAACGGACCCGAAGGAGGGGAGGUCUUCCCUUCGACCAGCCGAUGUGCUGGUUUUUGGAUGGUCCGGGGGUAAGCAUGCUUGCAUUGAUCUCACGGGGGUGUCGCCUCUUGCCGGUUUCAGGGGCAGUGGUUUUGUUCCAGGGCAAGCGACGCGGAAGGCUGAGGCGGGGAAAAUAUCCAAGCACGAGCAGGCCUGCAUAGAUAAUCAACAUGCCUUCCUUCCUUUCGCGUUCGAUACCUUUGGUUGUCUGCCCCUGUGGCGUCCGGUUUCUUGAAGCGGGUUCAAAAGGCAGCACUUGCGCAUGCGACAGUGUCUGUAGGCCAUAGUUAUGUGUUUAGCCGAGUAGGAUUUGCAAUUCAAAAGGGGGUGGCGGCGCAGCUUGUUGCCCGUCUACCAACCCAUGAUUUGUAAUUUAUUCUAACCUUCUAAUUAGCAAUAGACAAAUUACUACAAAAAAAAAAAAAGUGAACAAUCAAGGUACGUCUUGUUUUUAAUCUAUAAUGUAAGGUUUUAUUUUUUGAAAAUUGUAACUUAUCCCAAAUAAAUAUAUUCAUAUCUUCUUUUAAUGUAAUACAUUAUCAGGCUGGCACGUGGGUCCCGUACUCAGAGUUCCGCAAGGCAUUCUCAUGGAUGCUACAAAAGAGCUAUAAUGAAAUUUGUAAUCUUUAUUAAAAUUUUGAUUUUGUUGCUUAAAUAUUAUAAAUCAUCUAGUUGAUGUAGCCAAUGAGGAUCCAGAAAAGAUGUACUCUAGAUACGGAAGAGAACGCAAGUCAUCCGUGAAGAGUUGUCUUCACCCAGAUACUCUAAUAAUUGUGUGGCAGAUGGUUUUGCAGGCGGUAGGGUGUCAGACUCGUACUAGUACUGAGAAGUUUAAUUUCGAAGGACAAUCUUGUUCCCUUCAGUAUUGGGAAUACAAACAGAGUGGCCACAAGGGGCGUCUUACGGUGGCGGAUCAACUUUUUGUUUCAAGUCGAAACCGGAGAGGGCUUCGGGAAUACAGGAACCGCUGCCUCAAGAAAAAAGUUUCUGUUGGACCAGAUACUGAGGUUGAUCAAGAAUAUUUGGCUGGCCUUGCAGCUCAAAAAAAGGUUGCAUUUGAAAGGACAAGCUGUGACCCUGACCAAAUUUUGGGUCAGUUAGUUGUGCCUGUGUUUUCUUAUCAAGGUGCUGAUGAGAAACUCAUAGGGGUCAUCGAGCUUACCACGUUUUUCGCAAAAGAAAGUUAUGAAGAAGAUUUUAAUCAGAUUCAAAGUUUAUUACAGAAGGAGAGCUUAGCUACCACAUAUAUGGCGAACAUAUAAUAAAGUCGAAUAUAUUGAAAAGUGAUUCAAUACUCCCAUGCUCGUGGAACUAAAGUUUGAGGAAGUCUUGUGCUCAUGAUCUCUCUGGCUAUUUCGAUCUAUCCGUUUCAGUUUUUGAAUUAGUUUGAAAAUUUCUGCUGAUUUGUGGCCUAUCAAGUCUGGGUUUUUUGGAUUGUUAGUUUGUUUAAGUUGCUUGUUUAUUUAAGUCGUUUGAUUGUAAUUUUCACAUUUCAGUUCACAAGCAAUAAAGCAGUUGGGUGAUCAAUCAUUGUUCGUGUUCUUGAUUAAUUA